AGAGCACCAAUAAACCUAACCUACCCACCUACAUCUGACAUUUGCUCGCACAAAAGCUGAAAACUAAAUGCCUCGAGUAGUUUACCAAACCUACGCACCCCUAACUUUGAAAAUCAAUGUAGGCCACGCCACUACGCAUGCGCUAUCCUACAUAACAACUGUCAAACCGCAGCCGGCCAAAAUAACUCGGUUUUGCAUUUCUGCAAAUAAAGUGAGCAUUAAAAAUAAACAUCGUUUCAGAACGCGGUAUUUUGAGGCUAAUAGCUUAUACGGAGUGAAAACUAUACUUAAAUUAACACACUUGCGCUGCUGUGAAGUUUAAACAGCUAAGUAGACUACUAGGUAUGUAGGUAACAAACAUCAAACUUGAACUAAAAUUAGAUCAGUGUCACUACUACGAGUAACAACCUUUAACAAAGAUGGCUAUUUUGCAAAAUUUUGCCAACACUAUUACUUAGGACCUGUAUCCUAACUAACUAAGGCAAGAUGAACGAGACACUAGGCCGAGGGUAUGCCCGUAUAGAUGCUAUACGGGCAGCCCGAGGCGAGCCGCCUGCCUCAGGAAGCGACCCAGCUGGACCACCACCAGACAGAUACAACUCGGUCUACAUCACCCUCUUCGUCGCUGGAGCCGCCUUCCUCUUGCCGUUCAAUAGCUUCAUAAUGGCGGUGGACUACUUCCAGCACCACUACCCCAACUCCACCAUCAUGUUCGACAUGUCCACCGUGUACAUCGCCUCCGCGUGCGUGGCCGUCGUGGUCAACAAUCUUGUGCUGGAUAUCUUUUCGAACAAUACGAGGAUUACUUUUGGAAUCCUGGUAUCCCUCUCCACGAUGCUAUUCGUGGCGGUGUGCAACAUCGGGUGGGACGGGUUCUCCCCGCGCGCCUCCUACACCAUCACGCUGGUGGCUAUAGGCGUGGUGGCGGUGGGCUGCACGGUGCAGCAAGCCUCGUACUACGGCUUCACGGGCAGCCUGCCGCCGCGCUACACGCAGGCGGUCAUGGUGGGCGAGAGCGCAGCCGGCUUCUGGGUAUCCAUAGACCGGAUCCUCACAAAGUACACGUUCAAGCAGCCGCGCCGCUCCACCUUCAUGUUCUUCGUGUUCUCCAUCCUGAUCCUGCUGGGCCACUCCAUGCUGCACCACAUGAUGAUGAGGCACCCGCUGGUGCUGCACUACUUGCGGCUGACCAGCGAGUCGAGGCACAAGAGACGCAUCCUGCUGCACCUCAACCCGAGCCAAGACAACGCUGUGGAAAGCCAAGAUGGAGAAAGCAGUUAUGGUGUAUUGAAGUUACAAAGUCCAGCGCCUUCCAGUGGGCUCGGUGACGCAGAAACGAAAACAUUCGGUUUCUCCAACCCGGUAUACUCACCCACGUCAUCUGCGCCCGCGCAGCCGCCCGCCACGCCGCCGCUCGACGCCGAGGACUCGCCCGGCGUGCUCAGGACACCCAGACCCUCUUACAAGGUUGAAGAUGUGGUCCACCCGACUGAGCGGCAUGCCUCGUGGAGUGCUUUCAAACGCGGCGUAGCAGCGCGCUGGAUGGUUGGCCGCGCCAUCUACCCGUACAUGGUGUCCAUCGGACUGGUGUACUUCACCACGCUCAGCCUGUACCCGGGCAUCGCGUCCGAGGUGCCCUCCUGCCGCCUCGGCACUUGGAUGCCCAUUGUGCUCAUGUCCGCCUUCAACUUCUUCGACUUUGUUGGGAAGAUAGCAGCAGCCUACCCGUACGAGUGGAGCCGCAGCCAGCUGCUGAUGGCGAGCGGCGUGCGGCUGCUGCUGGUGCCGCUGAUGCUGCUCUGUGCCGCGCCGAGGCAUGCGCCUCAUAUUGUAGGCGACGAAUACCCGAUAUUUUUCUCGGUGGUGCUCGGUUUCAGCAACGGUCUGUUCGGGUCGGUGCCGAUGAUCAUGGCGCCAUCUCGCGUCAGCCGCGAGCACCGCGAGAUUGCAGGAAACAUGAUGACCCUGUCCUACAACGGCGGGCUACUAUCAGGAUCACUGGUCUCCUACCUUCUACUGGGCAUCCUGGGGCCUCCCACCGAGCCCCCGUGCCGCGUGUAUCCAACGCCGCCUCUGCCUACAAUCCCUACAACGUCGACAACCCUAGCCAGCAAUGUAACGCAAAUGAUACUGUCUAUGCAUUGAACGGUGAGUUGAGGAUGGUGAUAAGCAGGAGUGUAAUUUAAAUCUCGAAUGUGUUUGAAAUUAAUAGUGGAAAAUACUCAACUCUCCGAAAUUGUUCAAGUAGGUACUUCAAGUCUUACCUUCUGAUAAAAUUGGCCAUCAUAUUUUUUUUCAUGUCAUGUUCUG